CGCCACCCUCCCCUGCACCUGCCCGGGAGCUGCGUCACUCAGGCCUGGGACAAAAGGGCUGAGCGGCGGGGCCGGCUGCAUCCCCGGGCCUGACGCGUAAGCCCCCUGCGAAUUGUCCGACAGCUCUGGGGAGGGGGCCUUGGGGAAAGGCCGCUGCGUCAGCCGGCCAGUGGCUGCCGGAGCCCCGAGCCCCGAGCCUUCAGCUCGGCCACAUUCACCUGAACCUGAACUCCAAACCCUGCGGCCCCGCUCCCGGGUGGGAUUUGCAUUGCGCAAUCGGCGCCAGCGAGCGGCACCAUGGCCUUGAGCCUUUUGCAGGACUGGUGCAGCGGGCUGGACGUGGACGUGCACAGGGCCCUGCUGGUCACCGGCAUCCCCGAGGGCCUGGAGCAGGCGGCCAUCGAAGCCGUCCUGCAGCCGGCCUUCCUGCCCCUGGGCACGUUCCGGCUGCGGAACACGAGGGCCAUGAGGGACGAGAAGGCCAAGGCCGCCCUGGUGGAGUUCGUGGAGGACAUUGAUCAUUCCGCCAUCCCCAGGGAGAUCCCCGGCAAGGACGGCGUCUGGAGGGUCCUGUGUAAGGACCGCGCGGAGGACACAAGAGUCCUGAGGCAGAUGAAACGCUUGCUGCUGGACGAGAGGGCCCCUGAGGACACGCCCACCCCGCCCACCUCAGAGACUGAGGCCCAGGGGUUGGAGCUGGCGGGCCCCCCGCCUGGUGCAGCCAGCAAGGCUAGGAGGGGCCGUCGGAGCCGCAGGAGUAGAGCCAGAGGCAACAGGCUGACCCAAAAGGGCAAGAAGAGAGGCCGAGGAGGGCGGCCGUUCCCCUCCUCCCGGCGCGGGUCCGAGGACUCGUCCUCCGACAGCCUGGGCAUCGUGAUCGAGGAGAUAGACGAGGAGGACCUGAGUGGGGUCGAGGACCAGAGAGCGCUGUACACCACGCUGCAGACCGCCGCCAAGGAGCUCGUGAAGAAGUGGGCCCUCCAGGGCGACGCAGAGGACGGGGACGGCCCCCGCGAGUUCCUGGCUCUGGUGACAGUGACGGACAAAGCGAAGAAGGAGGAGAUGGACAAAGAAACCCCAGGGGCCGAGUCAAUCAGCUUGAACAUCGAAGACCUGAGCGGGGUCCCCGACUUAGUGGCCUUACUUGCUGUGCGAGAUACUUCUGACGAGGAGCCCAUAGACAGUGACGCGUCUGCCAGCGACUGGCAGGACAGGGGGGACCAAGACCAAGAGGGGGACAGCCCUGAGUUUGUGGCCAUUGUAGCGUACACAGACCCCUCAGACCCCUCCGCCCGGGAGGAGAUGUUGAAGAUCGCUUCUGUGAUUGAGUCGCUGGGCUGGAGCGACAAGAAGGACCAAAAAGAUGCGCUUCCCGAGGUCCUGUCGGUUAUGUCCAAGGACACUUCCGGAACACGCGUGAUGGUGGAGGAGGCAGGACGCCAGGUGGACGCCAUGGUCCUCAGGAAGGCCACAGACGACGGGAACCUUCUGGAAUGCAUUUCUGCCCUGGCCGAGCCGGAGGCCCUCCCCAAGGGGAAGAAGGCCCCUCGAGGUCUUCUCGGAGGCUGGGGCGACGAGGGGGAAGGCGAAGUGGGCCUCCUGGAGCUGGUGGCGCUCCUGGCUGCCCAGGACAUGGCCGAGGUGAUGAAGGAAGAAAAGGAAGAAGCCUGGGAUGGUGGGAAGUGCAAGUACCACAAGGGCGGCCUGGGGGAGGUCCUGGCGCUUCUGGCGGCGCGGAGGGACAGGGAGUCGGAGGAGCAGUCGGAGGGGGCUUCGGACGGAGGCUCGGAGGAGGAAUCCGAGGACACGGACAGCGAGGAAUCGGAGCCUGAGGACCGGGCGUCCAGGAAGCCCCGGGCCAAGCGAGCCCGCACGGCUUCCAAGGUCCUGGGUCAGGCCGGCGCCUCCGCCGGGUCCCGCAAAACCCGACGGGGAGGCCGAGGCCGGGGCGGGCGGGGCAUCACUCCCGAGAAGAAAGCUAAGGAGGAGGCGGCGGGCGACAAGAAGAAGAAGGGGCGUGCGGGCGCCGGGGCCCGCGCCAAGGCCGGCGAGGCCCGGGGGCAAGCGCCCACCGGCUCCAAGUCGGCCCGCGGGAAGAAGGCUCGUAGGGGAGGGAGGCUGCCCCCCAAGUGCCACUAGUGGCUCCCAGAGACAGCGAGGCUGCGGCCGGCGAUGUGGCCUCCGCCUCCGCGCUCCCUCCGCUCUCCCUGCAGCAGAGGCCGGUCUGCCGCUUCACAGUGUGCUGUGUGCUCUGACGCGCGCCAGGCGCGCGCUGCGGGUCUCAUCCUUACCUUCCAG